AUGUCAGAUCCUCUUGCUGAUGUGACGAUGGUGGACGCCGACGUCCCGGACGUCGAGGUCCCGGACGUUACGAUGUCAACAGCACCGGCUCCAGCAAUCUCAAGUCUUUCUGGUAGCGCUACUCCGUUCAUCCCAAUGCUCCCGUACCCGGCAAUGACCGAUAUCCCUGGUGGUGGAGACAUAAUGCAUGAUACCGAUGGCGCAGAUCUAUUGCCGGUGAUGGACCCUACGAGCCGCGACAAGAAGUACGACCAGAGUGAUCGAGGUAUUCCGAUCCCGCGUUUUCUCUUCCGUGGGUUUUCUGCACGUUCGGGAGGGGGCGACCGAAGACUCAACCAACCGGCGAGGAUCAUCCCGCACUACUUCCUCGAUAGCAACUCGCCGGACGGAUGGGCCGAGAGACCAGAUGUGCCUGCCGCAUUAUUCCCGAACCUCGCGCAAACUUUAUACGGCCACCUCACUACGAGAAGAGACGUGAUCUCGCCUUUCUCCUCAUGGACGCAAAAUCUUGCAACGUGUCAGUAUUUCUGGACGCCCGGGGGUGAUCCAUCAUUGCGGAUAGCCAUCAUCGACACCACGCGGCUCCAACUCUGGAACGAGGUUUGGAGCGUGCUGGACCUCGAGGACUACAUCACAAACAACGUGACUGCCGACGAUUGGAGAGGAGUUAUAGAUAACGCGUGGGAGUACUUGGUCUACGGGCCGAUAUGGGGCGACGCCCUCUGGUCGAUCUCGGGCACAAAGUUGGCGAGGAUCAUGUAUGAUUUCCCCCCGAGAAUAUCGGCGCCGAUCGAGGCGGAGUUUGUAGACGUCGCCAAGCGGAUCGCCCAGUUGUUCCGAGCUCCCGCCUGGAUCGAAGCAGGCGAAGAGACCGAUGUCGUGAUCUACACAACAUUCGUGGUGCUGGAGAGUUGGUACGCUGUAACUCAUCUCCACCGAAACAGGGCUUUGCACGUAAAUGACGUCGCCAUUUUGACGGGCGACUUUGAGGCCAUCGUUGGUGGGCUAGCCCAUGAGCUUGCAGAAAGGCGGCUCAGAGUCCGUACCGGGCAGCCGGUGAUUCACCUCGUGGGCCAGCGAAUCAUCGAAACCGCGUCAGGAUGGGAGUGGUUUCACAAGACGCUCGCGCUUCUUCGAGUUGUCCAAGAUCUGGAGUCAGUCCCGUCACUAGAAGGCGAUCCAUAA